GUGUGCACGCUCUCAGGGCUGUCAGUUUCGUUCACUUUUCUUGGGUUUAUCAGCUCAGCCUCAGCUUAAUCAGAGUGCCAAGCGAGUUACAGACUAGCGUCGUGGGUGUCUGCUCACAGAAUGUCAUCAACGUCGUAGCGGUCUCAGCAGCGAUGGGAGAUUCAACGGACGGCGGCUUGUCGACUCCAUCGCGCCUUCAGGCAAAAUGCGCCUCAAAGGCGGUUGCGUUUGUCAUCAAGCACUCCCAGAAGGGAAUCGUGUCGCUGUGCACCAACAUUGCCACCAUCAUGGAAGAGAGGGACAGGCUCCUUGAAGAAAAUGAGAGGCUCAAACGAAGCCUUGAAGCCACAGGAACCGGAGUCCUUGCCAAAACACGGAAAAGGGUUGCCGCCACUGUCUGCCCAGUUUCUACUCAAACUGACGACGCUGAGCUGAUUGCUGUGGCUAAGGAGGCAGAUCCUGCGCAGAAUGGUCGCAACACGACAGAUCUCUCAGCCGAUUUCUACCGCUCAUGGAGUACGGUUUUGAGGUGUCUACAAACAAAUACAGCCAUCAGUGUGGUACAUGUAAGCAUGCUACACCCAAUCUUCAUCAUGCAUAUUACUGUUCCGGUGCUGCGCGAGCUGAGCAGAGUGGCGAGCUCCUGGGUCCCCCUGGAGAGCUGUUUGUGCGAACGUUGCCAACGAUUCCCGGGUCCCAAGGCUCGACUGAGAGACCUAGCCUUGGGCGCACUCGAGAAGGGUUGCCGGGCCGUCGUGAGGGACAGAUUGCUGGGAAAGGUCCGCUACGUCGGGCACCUCGACUCCAGCACCGCCUGCACAGUCUGGGUUGGACUGGACCUGGAGGAACCCUUGGGUUUUACUGACGGAAGCCUGGGAAGCAAGACAUACUUCUCAUGCAAGCCCCGCCGCGGUAUCUUUGCCAGCAUAUCAAGCGUUACCUACGUCUCGAAAUGAAACAUGCACCCAAGAAAGGUCUGGGAGCAAGCUUCUAGGGCAGUGGGGACAGAAUGAAACCAACCUUGUUGUAUUGCUUCACCUCAUUGAGCGCGUUUCGAAUGAGGCGGGUUCUACGGUAGGACGUGAGUAUCUCAUUUUAUACUCGUUUCUUUAAAAUGGGGCAGCGAAUACUACCCCAUUGUUUGUGAUAGAAGAGGAAAGUGAGGGUUUGGUAUACUAGUCGUGUGCAAGAUGUGCCAAACAAACAUUGCAAGAUGUAUCUCGCCAGUAUUCAAAAAUAUGUGGGUGAGGCGUGUGCAAAGAAAUCUCCAGAGAGCAUAACAC